AUGCGAGGCGACGGAGGAGAAUCCGACUCGGAAUCAGGGCCCGAUUCAGCACCAGUAUUAGGAUCGGAGUCAAACCCGGACGACGAAGCAUCGGAGGCGGAUGAUGGAUCAGAGACGACACCCUGCGACGAGUCGGAAUCAGAUGGGAAAGUUGCCGGCGUCUGGGGCGGUAACGGAUCAGUGCACACGGUGCAGGGGCGCGAAGUAGUCGGGUUGGAGAUCUUGGGAGGAGGAGCAGGAACAGCGGCAGGAGGAACCACAGGGUUGAUGGGCUCGAAACCAACGACAAAGGACUGCAGCGGAAGAGACCCAAUGUGGGCGCUAGACUCCUUAAAGCAAGCUGAGAUUGAGGCUAUUUUUGAGGGCAACACCGUACCUGUGCUGUUUCAUGGAAAUUUUAAUGUCAAACCUUUGUGGAUUGACCUUUCCUUCCUGUGUGAGUGCAUUGAUGGAGCAUGUGACUUACCUCUACCUAAUUUGAAGACUUUGGUGCUUAAAGCAAGUAUGGAUGCCUUCAAUGUUGAUGAACUGAUACGAAUUCUCAAAUAUUUUCCAAAACUGGAGAAUCUCAAGUUGAUUAACAUUAGAGAGGUAAACAAUCACAACAAUACCAGCCGGAAGAAGAUGAUUGUGUUGAUCUUGGAGAUGAAGAAGACAACCAAGCAGAAUGCAGAUCAGAACAUCUGAGUCAGACAAGUCAAUCAAGUGGGAGUCAAGUUACACAGCGAAAAAUCAAACUGCAGAUGCUAAGCCUUUGGUACAUCCUACUGUACCGAAAUGAGCCUACCGCCUACCCCUUCGUCCAGAAUUUCAGGACCUAGUGAAAUGUGUACCGUGUACUGCACCCCUACCAAAGCAUACCGCGAAAUUCAUUGGUAAGUUUACAAUAGAAAACCAUACGGUUCAUACAUUUUUCAAUAUAUAUACAUUUUUCUG